CUGCAGAGUGCAGACUGAGACUCUAGUACUAGUAGGCUGGGAGACUUUGCCUGGUGCUACUGUGUGUGUGUAGAACCCGCGCUCCCAGGGGUAAUCCUAGAUAUCCUAGAACCUUGAUAUAUCCUUACUCCUUACUAUGGAAGGAUUAAGAUCUGUAGGAUUAGUGAUCGGUAGAUUGGAAAACCUGGAUUACAGUUCAAACUAAAUCCCGUCUGUUAUCGGUGUGUGAGUAGGAGGGACGUGAUAAAGUUGACUCUAAACCUGAAUUGAUCAAUAUGCCGGCAGCAGCUUGCUCUGGGGCCAGAUGCUGUUCGAACCAUAAACAGAACCCGGAGAUAAACAAGGACCAGGAGAUCACGGAAACCGAUGUUUACGAGUUUGUCAUAAUUGGAAAUGGUCCAAGUGGUAUCUCCCUGUCCUACAUGCUUUCCGGAAACUGGCCUUACUAUACAGGAGAAAGUGAGGAUGAACUGCUCCAUACCCGUCUACAGCAGGAACCUGAUCUAUCCUUAGUAGAACAAGAUCUUGCCUUUCUCUCAGAUGGACUGGAGGGAAGAUCUAAUAAUCCAGUUUCCCUCCUGCUAGACACUCUCCAGCACCCACAGGCAGAUCUAGGACUAGAUCUACCUUCACUUCUAGACUGGAGACAGGAUACAAGCAGGAGGGUUAAACAUGUUGUCUUAGGCAGGGGGAAACCUGGAGGAGUUUGGCAGACCCUAGAUGGAAACCUGAAGACUGUAAGUCUAGGUGCCUGGAUGCAGCUCCCUAACCUGAGUAUGCCCAAGUGGGAAGCGCAUAAUACUGCACUUGUAAACAGAAGAACAAGCUUUUCUAAUGUAGCUCAGUACUACAUGGACUACGUGGAUAUCAUGGAUCUUUCACAGAACUUUAGGAACAACACUGUUGUGACACACGUGAAGCAGAUCCUGCAUUGUCCAACUAACCCGGAGAAGAGAAGAUAUCAACCUUGUCUAAGCGAGGAGAAAUCCUCCUCUCCUAAGAUCUGCACCAACAAGGAGCCAAUAAACAUCUUAUCCCAGAGUUUAAAAGAUGAGACUGGAGGUGAGGAUGAGAUGUUCUGUAUGGAGGAUGGAGAGCUCUCUAGCUGUUGUAGUUCUUUGACUUAUCACUCCAGCAGUCCAUCUAGAGAUUCUCCUGAAUCAAGCGCCUGUGAUCGUGAAUCAAGAGAACGCAGAACAAGUGGAUCCGACUUUAACGACUCCGGGAGAGCAUCAAGCUCUGCUGAGAGUAAACAAACUCCUCCCUGUGAUAUUGAAACCAGUAAUUCAUUCUCAUUUUCUAUCCCGGGAUAUGAUACUGAUAUAUGUCCGAGCUGGGAUCCUAUCAUCAACCCAGCACUGUUCAGUCUACCCAGGAGACCUUCCUUGAACCCGUCCCAGCUGGAGGAUAUCCAGUGUAGCAGGAUACCCGGAGCAGAAUUAAACUCUCCAGGAUACUGUAAACUAUCCUGCUCCGCUAAAUCUCUUCCUCUGUCUGCAUUUAGUUGUGAAAACCCUGAGAGCCUGUACGAGGUGCGAGGUUAUGAAAUCCAGACCUCAGAGACAGGAGAGAGAGAAACCAAACCUUUCAAGUACCUGACACAUAAUGUAGUUCUAGCUACAGGAUUAGAUAAACCCAACAGGCUGGAGGUACCUGGAGAAGAAUUGAACUUUGUAAUUCAUAGCUUAAGAGAGCUUGAGAUUGCUAUAGAAGCAGGAGCUGUUACUCCUAACUCUGAUCCAAUAAUGAUUAUCGGAGCAGGACUUUCUGCAGCUGAUGCUAUCAUUUGUGCACAGAGUUAUGAUAUCCCUGUUGUGCACGUGUUCCGUCGUGCAGUUGAUGAUUCUCAGCUGAUAUUCAACAAACUUCCGGUCAAUCUUUACCCAGAGUAUCACAAGAUUCAUCAAAUGAUGGCAGAAGGUAGUGUGGAAAGUCAGCGAGUACUACGAGGAGAGUUUGUGGAUCGCGAGCACCCUCGCUACAGAGCAUUUUCUCAAACUGAUGUUAGUCAGAUUAUCCGGGAUAGACAAGCAGUGCUUAAGGGUCCGUUCACAAAUUUAACCGUCAAGGUUUCCUUUGUUCUGGUUUUAAUUGGAGCAACGCCAGACCUAGAGUUCCUGAAAACUGAUUCAGAGUUGGGACAGGUUCCUGGAGCUCCGAUAGAACGGGAGAAUCCUAUAGAUAUAGAUGUGUACACUCAUCAAUCAUUAAACGUGCCAGGAUUGUUUGCUAUGGGUCCUCUUACUGGAGAUAACUUUGUAAGAUUUCUGCAAGGAGGAGCACUGGCUAUCACGUCCUACUCCUACAGGAAGAAGAUUUCCUCCCUUCAAGACGGUUGACAAAGAAGUGCACAAUCACUAUAUAUAUAUAAUUGACUAGAGAACAGGAACAGAUUAUUUUACUGCUCCAGGUUAUAUACAUGCAGGAGAAGGAUGGAAAACUGUGUGAUGAGAUCUCAGAUUGGUUCAAACUGAAGAGGAGAGGGAUAAAGUUUUGUCAAGAGUGGAAAAGGAAUUCAACCAGCAGUUGUAGUAAACACCAGAGUAAACCUUCAGCAUUUAUUUUUCUUACUCUUUUAUAAUUUCUAAUAAUUAUUUUCAAAUAGUUUUUUCUAGAAUGCUUUGUAUACAGUUGUUAACAUAAAUUCGAAAAUAUAAGGAAGACGAUUUUACCGACCCAAAA